AUGGAGCUCCGCGUCGGGAAGAAGUACCGCCUCGGGCGGAAGAUCGGCUCCGGGUCGUUCGGCGACAUCUACCUCGGGACGAACCUCACGUCCGGCGAGGAGGUCGCGAUCAAGCUCGAGCACCCGCAGCUGCUCUACGAGUCGAAGAUCUACCGCAUCCUCCACGGCGGCGUGGGCGUGUCGAACGUGCGGUGGUACGGCGUCGAGGGCGACUACAACGUCAUGGUCAUGGACCUGCUGGGCCCGUCCCUCGAGGACCUGUUCAACUACUGCGGCCGCAAGUUCAACCUGAAGACGGUGCUCAUGCUCGCGGACCAGCUCGUGAGCCGCCUCGAGUACGUGCACACCAAGUCCUUCAUCCACCGCGACGUCAAGCCGGACAACUUCCUCAUCGGGCUGGGCAAGCGCCAGCACGUCAUCCACGUCAUCGACUUUGGGCUCGCGAAGAAGUACCGGGACCCGCGGAGCCACCAGCACAUCCCCUACCGCGAGAACAAGAACCUGACGGGCACGGCGCGCUACGCGUCCAUCAACACGCACAUCGGCAUCGAGCAGAGCCGGCGCGACGACCUGGAGAGCCUGGGCUACGUGCUCAUGUACCUCAUCCGCGGGUCGCUGCCGUGGCAGGGCCUCAAGGCGAACACGAAGAAGCUCAAGUACGAGCGCAUCAUGGACCGCAAGAUGUCCACGUCGACGGAGAGCCUGUGCAAGGGCUUCCCCGCCGAGUUUCGCAGUUACUUCGAGUACUGCCGGAGCCUCCGCUUCGAGGACCGGCCCGACUACGCGUACCUCAAGCGCCUCUUCAAGGAGCUCUUCUACCGCAAGGGCUUCCAGUACGACAACAUGUACGACUGGACGGUCCAGAACAUGCAGCAGGAGCGGAGCCGCCUCGGGCCCGAGCGCGCGGGCCCGUCCGGCGGCGCGGACGCCGCGGGCGCGGCGCCGCCCGCG